ACUACAAUCUUAUCCCAUCAUUGCGAUUUAGCCGCAUUUAUUCAUCACAUUUACUCUGUUUUAUACACUAAAGAUUAUAAUCUCCUUGUAAACGCAACUAUUUGUUGUGUAGUCGCGAUUUGAAAGCUCUGAUAUUGCGUUGACCUUAAACUGUCGGCUUUUCCCACAGAGACAGACGCGGGUUUAUUCCUCACCACAGUCAGCGAGCUCUACCAAAAUCAUGUACGCCUGUGCAAAGUUCGUGUCCACACCCGCACUGGUCCGCUCUGGUUCAAGGGCGCUGUACAGACCACUCUCUGCGUCUGUGCUCUCCAGGCCAGAUGUCAGCUCUGCAGAGGCCAGCCCAGCCUUUCUGCCACAGACUGCCGGCUCCCAGGUUGCAGUUCGGGGCUUUCAGACAAGCGCCAUAAGCCGUGACAUCGACACAGCCGCCAAGUUCAUUGGUGCUGGAGCCGCCACUGUGGGAGUGGCAGGUUCAGGAGCUGGAAUCGGAACAGUGUUCGGCAGUCUCAUUAUCGGAUAUGCCAGGAACCCAUCUCUGAAGCAGCAGUUGUUCUCAUAUGCUAUCUUGGGAUUUGCCCUGUCCGAGGCUAUGGGUCUCUUCUGUUUGAUGGUGGCUUUCCUCAUCCUGUUUGCCAUGUAAACACUGCUCCGUCCACCUCCUCUCACAGCUGUGACGACGCGUUUUUACACUGGCUACCAAAAGCGUUCUGUGUCGGUGUCACUAAAAUUGUACAUUUUUCCAAGUUUUUGUUGAAGGCUGAUAAGAUAAAAGACAUGUAUUGUAAAAAUGUAUCCAAAUACAGAAUAAAUACAUGUAUUUCACUAUUUAAAA